AUGGUGCUCGCUGUCCUCGCUCAGAGGAGUCCGAGGAUUCCUCGGUGGCUGACGCGCGAGGAGUACUCCUCGGUGGCACCUUUUCUUCGAUUGAGCGACGGCCGCGCGCACGAUGAUGCAGGGUUGUGUGAGGGAUCCCACUACGAUCUGCGCGAGCACGAUAUGAUUCGGACAGGCUAG